CCGCAGCCAAGUCGCAACGAGCCGAAAACGUAUUACGCGUGAAGAAUUGAUAUGGAGGUCAAGAUCAAAAUUCAGGGCAGGUAAGACCUUGUCACAUCGGCCCCGCUGUGGUAAUGUACAUUAGUACAGAUUUAGCGUGAUCAGGGUAUGCGCCAGCAGGGAAAGCGCAUCCUCGCAGGGGUGGCUCACGACGUCAUUAUCCUGGUCCGAGAAAGAUGAUAAUUCGAGAUGCCCAAUCGACAUUGCGCUAGCGGGAGGCCAUAUCUCCCAAAAUCCAGUAGCGCAAGCUUGACUUGACGGGAACCCUUCUCUUGCAGCUCCUGCGGCUUGCUUUUCCAUUUGGGUUUUUAAUUGACUUCAGGCCACCCUGCCCGCGUUCUCCAGACCGAACGACUCGUCUCUAGCUCGUUUAUAUUCUCUUCCAUUCCAUCUGGCCUACCAUCUGUUGGACAAACGGGGCGGUGACACCCUCCCUCAAUACUCCACCUGCAUACGCGAGUUUCCAGAGCUUGGGCCUAGCAAGCCAACUCAAAAACGACUUCAGUCUACCGAUAGAUCGAUAGCCGCCGGGGAAAAUAGCAUUAGACCAGCCCUGAUCUAGUGGCUCAGUCGACAGGUGUCAAACAAAUCGGCUAGCAGCCAAGACAGACAGACCCAUUGGGACGUCGAGUCGGUUCCUGCAUCAAUCCGAUUCUGAAGACUAAGCCAACUAUCGCUGGCUCCUGUGCCACUCAGCACUCGCCGGCAAGAUGGCGGGUGACCAAGAAGAGCUCGUGGAGAACAAAAGUCUGUCGGGCCUGUACUCGACUCUUGUUCCAGUACUUAUCGCAUCCGGCGCUUAUCUUGCAAUCUUCUUAAUCCUGCGUAGGAGCCAGCGAAGAUGGUAUGCGCCGAGAACCUACAUCGGCAGCCUGCGGCCAGGCGAACGCACUCCUGAACUACCCAAUGGCUUGUUCAACUGGUUUGGUCAGUUUUGGAAAAUACCGGACACUUUUGCCCUACAGCACCAGGGUCUGGACGCCUAUCUCUACUUGCGUUACAUGCGCAUGUCUAUUGUCAUAACCUUCGUUGGAUGCUGCAUCACCUGGCCCAUCCUAUUUCCCAUCAACAUCACAGGUGGAGGCGGCCAGGUAGAACUAGACAGGCUGAGCUAUGCCAACAUCGACGCUGGGAACCAGGACGGCAGAUACAAAUUCUUUGCCCAUGCAAUCACCGCCUGGCUCUUCUACGGCUUUAUUCUCUACUUGAUCUUCCGCGAAUUGGUCUUCUACAUCAACCUGCGACAGGCGUUCCUCUUGAGCCCGUUGUAUUCUCGCCGUAUCUCGUCUCGAACCGUCCUCUUCACCUCUGUGCCAGACGCUUACCUCAAUGAGGCUCACCUGCGACAGGUGUUUGGGCCCUCGGUCCGCAAUGUCUGGAUCACAUACGAGUCUGAUGAUGUGGAUGAACUGGUCAAGAAGCGCGAUGAGAACGCCUACCGGCUCGAGAAGGCCGAAGUCAAGCUCAUCAAGCUUGCUGAUAAAAACCGUCGGGAGGCUCUCAAGAAGGGCGGUUCCGAUGGCGAAGCUGGCGCCUCCAAAAAUGCCGCUGAUCAACUGGAUACCGAAUCUGGCAGCAUUGCGGCUCGAUGGGUUCCCCAGGGCAAGCGACCAACGCACCGCACUGGCGCACUGGGUUUGAUCGGCUCAAAGGUCGACUCUAUUGAUUUCUGCCGUGACGAACUCCACCGUCUUAUCCCCAAAACGGCAGAAGCCCAACGCCAGUACCGCUCAGGCGCUUCUAAGAAGAUACCUUGUGUCUUCAUCGAGUUCAGGAGCCAGGGUGAAGCUGAGGCUGCUUACCAGGUGGUUGCUCAUCACAGGGGUCUCCAGAUGGCACCACGCUAUAUUGGAAUUACACCUGGCGAUGUUAUCUGGUCAUCCCUCAAGGUCUCCUGGUGGCAACGUGUCGUUCGUCGUUAUUUGGUCCUGGCCUUUAUCGCAGCCUUGAUCAUAUUUUGGGCGUUCCCCGUCUUGGUUGUGGGCAUUAUCACAAACAUUGAUAAGCUGAAGCAAGAGUUUUCGUGGUUGAACUGGCUGAAUGCUAUUCCGGAUGCUAUCAUGGGCGUCAUAACUGGGCUGCUACCGUCUGUGGCUCUCGCCAUCUUGAUGUCACUUGUCCCCAUCAUCAUGAGACUUUGCGCAAAGCUUUCUGGAGAGCCGUCGCACUCCAGAUGUGAGCUGUUUACCCAAAAUGCCUACUUCUGCUUCCAAAUAGUUCAGGUUUUCUUCGUUACUACCGUCGGGAGCGCUGGUACCGAUCUUGGCCCUAAGCUUCGGGACUUGGCACUGAAUCCGCAACAGAUCCCGCAGACUCUCGCCUCCACACUACCCAAGCCGGGAAACUUUUACAACAACUACUUCCUUGUUCAAGGUCUCACAAUCGCAGCGAGUGUUCUUUCACAGAUCGCUGGCUUUGUAAUCUUCCAGCUCAUGUACAGGUUCUUGGCGUCAACGCCCCGUGCGUUGUAUCAAAAGUGGGCGACGCUGAGCGCUAUCUCUUGGGGUAGCACGCUUCCCGUUUACACCAUGAUCACCUGCAUCGCCAUCAUCUACGCCGUCAUAACUCCUCUAGUGUUAGGCUUCGCAUGCUUGGCCAUGUGCCUCUUCUAUAUUGCCUGGCGCUACAACGUUCUCUUCGUCACUGACACGAAGAUUGAUACGAGAGGUCUGAUUUACCCUCGCGCUCUCAAACAACUCUUCACCGGUGUCUACAUUGCUGAGGUUUGUAUGAUCGGUUUGUUCGGUGCAAGCACUGCGAUUGGACCGGCGAUCCUGAUGGCUGCUCUGCUCCUCUUCACCAUUCUCUUCCAGCUCACACUCAGCAACGCUCUGGACCCUCUCCUUUACAAUCUCCCUCAAACCCUUCUGGCUGAGGAGGAGGCACUGCUCCUUGCGCCUCACGGCGGAGCCCUCAGCGCUGGCCCAUCAGGCGCGACGGGCACUACCAUGGCUGCAAAUGGCUUCGGCUCCAAUGGCGCACACAGCCCUGCUGACAUGAAGGACACUGAAGCGACUGCUAUAGCCACUGUACCUCCCGCAAAACAAGGCAACAUUGUGACGCGAUUUUUUAUGCCUUGGGUUUAUGCCGAUUACGCCGUCCUGCGCAAGCUGGUGCCCCAUGGGACUGAAGUUGACCUUGAUCUCGACAACCUAUACUCAGACGAGGUCAAUGGCAAUGCAUACUAUCCGCCAUCUGUGACAAGCACACCUCCGCUUCUCUGGAUCCCGCGAGAUGCCGCUGGAGUAUCGAAGCAAGAGAUUGCACACACGAGCAAAGUUAUCCACAUUACAGACGAGGGAUGCGAGCUCGACGAGAAUGGCAAGCUUGUUUGGGACAGGGAGUCGACGCGCCCGCCGGUUUGGGAGGAGAAAGUGCCUUACUGAAGUGAACUGGGUUCUAUCACUUUUCUCUUUUAGGAGAGGUUGGUGGCCUCGGGGUCACUUGGAAAGCAAUAAUUUGAUUAAAGGGGGACGGGCGAUGUUGCUGCCGCAUAUUUACAUCAAGAUGACGGCAAGUGAUAGCUGGCAUAUACAAGGAUACCCACCAGCUUGCUUGCGACAACUAUCAAUGAUAAUGACCAUGUACUUUUUUUUUGUUUAUUCUGGUUUUCUGGUCGAAUUAGGUUAAUGCGUGUGGGAGGUGUUUUUAGGUACCUACCUAGGUGGUUUGUGGAUAGUCAAAAGAAGUAUUAUGGUUUA